ACUGUUCCUCCAUCCACAGUGCAGGACCAAAUAAAAUGAACUUGUCGCGUUACCUGCUUAAAGGCGCCGCGGGCUGCGUGAACAGCCUACCUGCUCUCGGGAUAAGUGAAUGGUUCCUUAUGGAAAGUUUAAAAAAGGGGAAAAACUCGACAAAGCAGGGAUCAGAACUAGCAGAUUAAUGAGGACAAGAGCCUUUGAAUGUAAAACUGGCGAUAAGAGAGCGGAUUAGAUCCCAUAGCAGGGAAUCAGAGCGCGUGUUGUUGUCCAAAGAUGCGGAAACAACAACCGAAGCAACAACAAACUGGAUUUUGAUCCACCGGGACAUUCACACGCGCUGGAAGCAGCAUGUCUUGGCUUAGGAGAAGGGUGAAAAUGUUGCAACUUGGAGUGACACCCAAACACCCUGAAGUUUUCUGCAUGAUGGGACUAUUUAUGUGCUAUGCAUCGGCUUGUUUUAACACCAUUCCGCGUAAUUAACGGGUUAAGUUACGACCUGAGUCAUUAUGUCAAAAGUCAUUCAGAAGAAGAACAACUGGAUCACCAAAGUAAACGACUGCCUGGUUAUCCGGGACGCGUCCGGGGAGCUGAACGUGGACCUGCGCGGCGGAGCUGAGAAUGGAGAGUUUCCGUAUAUUGGGCAAGUUAGGGAGGAUGCUGUGAUUUACCAGGACGGUAAACUCUGCGAAGGGGAGCUGAUCCUGGAGGUCGAAGGACUACCUGUGUCUGGAUUACCCCUCUAUGACAUUUUAACUGUGAUUAAGUGCUGCAAUGGUCCCGUCAGGUUGAAAACUGUGCGCCAAGGUCACAAGCUCAACAAGGACCUGAAGCACUACCUGAGCCUGAGGUUUCAGAAGUCUUCUCCCGACCACGAGCUGCAGAAGACCAUCCGAGCCAAUCUGUAUCGCCAUGCUGUGCCUUGUACGACCCGCCCCCCUCGAGACGGAGAGGUCCCAGGGGUGGAUUACAACUUCCUGUCUGUGGAGGACUUCUUAGAACUUGAGGAUAGUGGCACACUACUGGAAAUAGGAACAUAUGAAGGUAACUAUUAUGGGACCCCCAAGCCGCCAAGGCAGCCCAUCGGUGGUACAGUGAUUCUCAGUGAUGCAGGCUCCCAACAGUCCACCCCAAAGCGCACCAAGUCCUACAAUGACAUGCAAAACGCCCGAGUAGUGCCUGCUGACGAUGACGAUGACGACCAGGCCACGGAAAUGAACAACAGUUUUACAGGAUCUUUAGUGCGUAGCCUCUUCCCCUCUCCUUUGUUGUGCACAGGUAACCCUAACGACCAGGACGAGAGCCGCGGCGGCAUCCUCCGGCCGUACCCCGCACGUGACAAUGCUCUAUCCUGUGGUCUGAACAAUGCGGCCACCUCCACCACAGAAAGCGGGCAGCAGACCCUUGCUGAACCGCAGGUCUCACCGGAAGACCCACAGGGGCCGCUGCCUGAAAACUGGGAGAUGGCCUACACUGAGAGCGGAGAACUUUACUUCAUAGACCACAACACAAAGACCACAUCAUGGCUGGAUCCUCGGUGUAGAGACAAAGGCUCCAGGCCUCUGGAUGAGUGUGAUGACGAUGAAGGCAUACACACGGAAGACCUGGAGACUGAGCUUGAGCUGCCUCCAGGAUGGGAAAGGAUAGAAGACCCAGUGUACGGAGUGUACUAUGUAGAUCAUAUAAACAGGAAGACUCAGUAUGAGAACCCAAUGGUGGAGGCACGGCGUCGAAAAAUCCUGGAGCAGCAGCAGCCGCAGCCUCCAGAAGAGUGGAUAGAGGAGCACUCAUCAGCAGCGGCUCCCUUAGCAAACUAUGCUCCAAACCACCUUGAGACCUACAGGGACCCGCAGGUCCCACCAACUCUACCUCCCAUGCCUGCUGGAGCCAAACGAGGGAAGCCGUUCUUCACAAGAAACCCAGCGGAGCUUAAAGGAACCUUUAUCAACACAAAGCUGAAGAAGAGUCGUCGCGGCUUCGGCUUCACUGUGGUCGGAGGUGACGAGCCAGAUGAGUUUCUACAGAUCAAAAGUCUGGUGCUGGACGGGCCUGCAGCCGUGGAUGGCAAGAUGGAGACAGGUGAUGUGAUAGUCAGUGUGAAUGACACCAUUGUGCUGGGCUACACCCACGCUCAGGUGGUGAAGAUCUUCCAAUCCAUCCCCAUCGGUUCCAUGGUGGACUUGGCCUUAUGCCGUGGCUACCCGCUGCCCUUUGACCCUGAUGACCCAAACACCAGCCUGGUGACCUCAGUGGCGAUCUUAGAUAAGGAGCCUAUAAUCGUCAACGGACAGGAGGCGUUUGACUCGCCUUCCAACCAGGCCGGAGCCGUUAAUGGCAUGAGGGAGCUGCGGCCGCACAGCCCCUCAGCUGAGGUGGCGUCUAACGGCUCACACGGCUACUCCAGCGAUGUGGUCACCCUGGCCUCAUCCAUAGCCACGCAGCCGGAGCUGAUCACCAUCCAUAUGGAGAAGGGCGACAAGGGAUUUGGUUUCACGAUUGCCGACAGCCUGACUGGAGGAGGGCAGAGAGUCAAGCAGAUAGUGGACUAUCCACGCUGCCGUGGCCUGAAGGAGGGGGAUAUUCUGAUGGAGGUCAACAAGAGAAAUGUGCAAAAUAUGAGCCAUAACCAGGUGGUGGACCUGCUGAGCAAAUGUCCCAGAGGCAGUGAGGUCACAAUGCUGGUGCAAAGAGGUAUGUAUUACAUCUUGAUGUCAAAGAAUCACAGUAUUCAUAAAAGGCAAUAUCUCUGUUCAUUGAAAUUCCCUCACAUUUCAAUCUUACUUUGCCUCGCAACCAUGGAAACCAAGUCAUUUCUCCUCACUUCAGCAGCAGUUUUAAGUGAGAGAUAUUCUACUGUAAUGUCUGAAAAAGAUGACCUUGUAUGCUUUUUCUUUCACUUUGUCCUCCCAUCACCACUUUUCUCACUCAUCUCUUUCCCCCUAUCUCCGCCCUUACCACUGACUCACUUAUCUCUCUCACCUUUUUUCCUCUCUUUGCCCUCUACCUCCAUCUUCUGCCUAUAUCCACCCCCAUCCCUUACCCACAUACAGUAUGCCUCUCUCAACUCUCUGUUCCUUUUGUCCACCCAGCACCAGUUAGAGAGAAAAGACAGCCAGAACAGCUCCCAGCACAGUGUGUGCAGCCAUCGCAGCACCCACACUGAUUCUCCCAACCACCCACCCUCUGCCAUGCCCAGUGAGGCUGUGGCUCCCCCUCCUGCUGCCCCCACCCAGCCUCUGCCAGGCCUGCCCCCUCAGGACCCUGCAGAUGGCACCCUCACCCUCCAGAAGAAGCCAGACCCCUUUAAGAUCUGGGCACAGUCCAGAAGCAUGUACGAGAGCCGACUGCCAGAUUGCCAGGAGCAGGACAUUUUCCUUUGGCGAAAGGACACAGGCUUCGGCUUCCGUAUCCUGGGAGGAAAUGAGCCCGGGGAGCCUAUCUACAUUGGGCACAUAGUGAAGUAUGGGGCAGCAGAUGAAGAUGGACGCCUGCGGUCGGGGGAUGAGCUCAUCUGCGUGGACGGCACGGCGGUGGUGGGCAAGUCUCACCAGCUGGUGGUGCAGCUGAUGCAGCAGGCCGCCAAACAGGGCCAUGUCAACCUCACUGUCAGACGCAAGUCCACCGGAUACGGAGUAUCAAAGGGGGAAGGUGAUGUUCCCCCAUCGCCGGCCUCCUCCCACCACAGCAGCACCCAGGCACCCAGUCUGACAGAGGGCAAGCGGACCCCCCAAGGGAGCCAGAACUCUCUCAACACUGUCAGCUCUGGCAGCGGGUCUACCAGCGGCAUAGGCAGCGGCGGUGGAGGUGGCAGCGGGAGUGCAGUGGUGCCUGCCUCCUUGCAGCCUUACGAUGUGGAGAUUCAGCGUGGAGAGAACGAGGGCUUCGGUUUCGUCAUUGUGUCGUCUGUUUCCAGGCCUGACGCCGGCACCACCUUUGCUGGAAAUGCUUGUGUGGCCAUGCCCCACAAAAUAGGACGCAUCAUCGAAGGCAGCCCGGCGGACCGCUGCGGGAAGCUGAAAGUAGGGGACCGAAUAUUGGCUGUUAACGGCUGCUCCAUCACCAACAAGUCACACUCUGACAUCGUAAACCUGAUCAAGGAAGCCGGGAACACAGUCUCGCUCAGGAUCAUUCCAGGUGAUGAAUCUUCCAAUGCUUCUCUGCUGACUAAUGCUGAGAAGAUAGCUACCAUCACCACCACACACACACCUCAACAGACCACAGAGUCCCGGAAUAACUCAAAGUCAAAAGGAGCUCCUCCUCCUCCACCCAUACAAACUCAGACAACACAGGAUGCUGAGUUCUACUCUGUGGACCUCGAGCGGGACAGUAAAGGAUUUGGCUUCAGCCUGAGAGGAGGACGGGAGUACAACAUGGACCUGUAUGUGUUGAGACUAGCAGAGGAUGGGGCAGCCGUCAGAAAUGGCAAGAUGAGGGUGGGAGAUGAGAUCUUGGAGAUUAAUGGUGAAAGCACAAAGAACAUGAAGCAUUCACGUGCCAUUGAACUUAUCAAGAACGGUGGUCGGCGGGCGCGGCUCGUUCUCAAACGGGGAGAUGGAUCUGUACCUGAAUAUGACGGCAGCAGUGACGGGCACCCUCCCACACCCGGGGCACAAAACACUCCGGAAGUGAGAACGCUGCCACAUAACAGCCGAUAUCACACCUCAUUGGAGUCCAGUUAUCCACCAGACCUUCACAAACCAUCACGCCAGGAGGAGGCUGCGUGUGGCCGAGACAGGGAUAGGGCUGGGUCAGAUCAGAUGGACUACCAAGGCCGGCAAUUUAACCCACACCAUCAUCACACCUGGAAUAACAAUCACAGUCAAAGUAACCCCAGACAACAGUCUCCAGAUAACCGUAACAGCAGUAGCAGUGGCAACAAGAAGAGUCGAGGCCGCAAAGUCAAGAAAUCCGACUCGGAGAGCGGCAUUUCUAAACUCCUAAAGACUUUGAGGAAAGACAGCUCGGGGAAGAAGGCUGCAGCUGCCGAGAAACUGAGGGGGCGAGAGCUUUCAAGCAGCAGUUGUACUUUGGACGGGAGGUUUCGUCAGCAGCGCCGCGGCUCCCUCGACCGGUCUCCAGCACUAAAGCGGGCCUCGUCUCCUGAUCGUCGGCGGGCCAAGUCGAUGGACCGCAGGGCAGAGCGAGCGCAUCGGGACCGCACACCUGAGAGGGAGUACGAUGAUGGCGGGUUCCUCGCAGUCACUCCUGAGCGCAAGUUCUCCGAGAGGAGGCUCCUUAAGGACUCGAAGAUGGCAGGGCAAGUCAGGGAGGCCUCAACUCCAGAGCGCACCAACAACAACGGGGAUUCUUUGUCUCUUUCCAGGGGUCGUACAUAUGAUAGAGCCACAAAGAACGGCAACCUCCUGAGAGACUCUUCCUCAGAGAGGAGGGAGGAGGGAUAUCUGAUGAACGGGACACCGGAGCGACGAAACAGAGUGGAGCGGGACUCUUCCCCUGACAGCAACUACAGCCGGGACGAGCUGAACUAUGCAGCAGCACCCAGACUGAAGGACUACUGCGGCGUGAUGAAGAACAACGCUGCACACAACAAUGCUGCCUACAACAACAUAGGCCAUAACAAUAACACAGUAGGCCGCAGCCCAGACCAGCUCCCUGAGCCCAAGAGAAGGCUGUACAAAGAAAGCCCCAAAGAGCUCAGCAUCUAGAGCGGAGAUCCCCCUCGCCACUCUCUCCUCUAUAUGUGCAAACUAUGUACCAUACACUGGAAUUGGACUUCUGAGGAUACUAACUCUUGUGCUUUAUUUGGUCAACCUGUUUAUUUGAUUGAUUUGAUUGACUUAACUACUUGUGAUCCCAUCCAGAGAUUCAUAAAACAGCAGGAGUACAAUCCUUCUAUCAGUUCACACUGGUGGUUUUCUCAUUUUUAUAGUUAUUUUCAACAUAACAGAGGUUGUUGUACUAUAGUAAAGGUAUUGUAUGUGCCUGCAUAUAAAAUCAGUGAUAUUGCUUUUUGUAGGCAUUGCUGAAUCUAGAUAUUUGUUCCUCUCAGAGGUAUAAAACAUGCUUCCAGUUGUGGUAUCUUCUAACUACUAAGCUUGUUUUUAACUUGUUUUUAGCUGUCUGUUCCAUUCCUGAAUUGUUUUACUGAAUAAACUAUAGCACAAGACACUGAUGGUUCACAAGAGCUGUGACUUCAGACAAAAAUCUAAAUUUAAGAUCUGAUGGUAAAAGUAGAUAAUUAUAUAAAUGAUAUAUAACUUAUUUGCAUUUGCUCACUAUUUAUUUUUAAUUGGCACAUAUCUUGAGCAAGCUGCGUUCCUUGAGGACCAAGGUAGAAGUGCACACUGUACCUGGGAAAUCAUGCUGUACCCUUACUUUUGUUGCAUCCUUUAAAUGUGUGGCAGCUCACCCUCUUUGCCUAUACACGUACACACUGACGGAAUGAAGUGAAGAUAACAGACAGCUGAUGAGAUAACUGGCAACGGUGUUAGUUUCUUGUAGUAGGAUUUAAAAAAAAUAUAUAUAGCAUUGUUCCUCAGCGUGUAGUGAUGUAGCAGGGAAGGAACCUGACUCACUUUUAACUGCAGGCAAAACUGUUCUGGUAGAUUCUCUGUUGCAGGAAAAUGAGUUGUCUAAAUUCGUUGCUCAAACUAUUUCAAUUUAGUACUUUAGAUGAGUCUGCAUUAUGCCACAAUACCAGCUUGAAGCUGCCAUAAAAUGUGAUUAUUCAGAUAUGCCAAAAAAAAUAAAUUUAAAAGAAACAAUUGUGUAAAUUAUCCCUGUGCAAGAUGCAUGUGUAAAUUUAAGUGUAAUUUAACCACUUUAUCUGAUAGCUCAGAGCGAGAAUAAUCGAUAAGGAACAUGCACUGUAAUCCCACAGUAGUUGUUAGCCGUGUCCUAAUGUUGAUAACCACAUUCGCGCACCGACCGCCUCCUGGGUCCUGACACAAAGAGCUAAUGUGGUUCCUUGAGUUGGUGACAGGCUAUAUGGAGAGUCCGGGUACAGGAGACGACCAAUCUGCCAUGCUGAGCCAUGCUGUCACACCACUGAAGUCUGACUGCUGCUUUAUAAUCUGUUUUGUGUGUGUUCUCGGUUUUAUGUUUCAUUAAUGAACUAAAAUAUAUUGGACAAACCACAACAAAUGCAUUGUUUGAUCACUGUUGUCGACAUGGUACUGUAUUAACAAAAAAGAAGAAGAAAAAAUAAAUACAUUUAAGAAGUUAACCUGUUGGCCAUCCUCUGUAAAGAUUUUUUUCCAAUGUAACUAUUAGGAACCUGUAAAGGAAUAAACUGUUGCCUUUUUCUUGUACAAAAGAUAAAUUUAUGAAAAACCUCAACAGUGAGGAAUGUGACAAUGUGUUUAUAUCUCUGAAAUGGACCUGAUGAUUUAUGGGAAAUAUGUUGAUUUACUCUGGAUCAGGUGUGUAAAGACAUUUUAAAAUGAAAGACUGUAUUUGGUCGAUCAGAAACUGUUUGAUGGUUUGAAUCUAUCUCGAUGGUUAGCCUGCCUUUGUAUUAUAAAGCACUUGUAUGCAGUCUGUGUUCUUCAAGCAUUAUUUCUUGCAAUGUGCUCCAGACAUAAUGCUGUCCCUGUGUUGAUAAAAGCAGUACAUGUAUAUGGGCCAAUCUUGUUUUAUAAAACUAUGCAUAUAUAAAUACUACAUUGUUCAUAGCUUUAUUUGACCCAUGAAGCUAUACAUAACAUUAGUUGAAGUACAAGUAGAUGUGGACUUAUCCAGCUUCUUUCCUUGAGAUGGAUUACAAUGUAUAUGUAGCUGUCAAAAGAAGUAUGUGAAUGCUAUUUUUAUUAUCAAAUAAAGUUUUCCAUACAAAUUCAAAAGGA